GGCUUUUGCACCUGGAGAGAGCUCUGCAAAGUCCCAGGCAGCCUGAGCUUAUCCAUGCCAAGGGGAUGUCUGAAAGGUUAGGAUCCACGGCAUGCUGUAGUGACUGGCAUGGCAGGGGCUGGCGUGACAGGCAGCCCACAAGCCUGUGUUUGCUUUUGGCCAUCUUUUUCUCCCUCUCACUCGGUCUCAGAAUGCCUGGCACCUUUGAGAACCCCUAUCACGCUAAACUGGGUGUUUAUAACAGCAGCAGCAGCAGCAGCAGCAGCAGCAGCAGCAGCAGCAGCAGCAGCAGCAGCAGCAGCAGCAGCAAGAGCAAGAAGAUGCAAGAUGAAGUUCAAUGAAGCACUGGUCUGGCUGGAGUCCCUUGGCAUCUCCCAGGCAUUUUUCUUCCAGCUCUCCGGGUGUGGGGUGUGGGGGGGUGUUUAUCAUCAUCAUAGAGACCUUCACUUUCAUCGCAUUUAAAGUAGAACCAUGUUAAAAUCUGGAAGGAUUAAUGAAGUAAUAUCAAAUGAGGUCACCCACUCAUUAAACAAAGGGCUAAGCUGCCUUAAUACCAACUUUGACGUGCACCUGUUUAGCCAAUUUCCAUCUGUGUCUGUGGGAGCCAGUGCUGUGCAGUAGUUAGACUCGGAGUACAAACUUGUGUCAUGAGAUCGCUUUACCCCGAGCUGACCUCAGCAGCCAAGCAGGGUACAUACACCAUCUGUAUUCAGAGGCUAGUUGAGACGUGUAUGGCUACAGCACAUUGGGCAGAAGGUGGCCUCUGCCGAGGAUCCUAAAUUGGCAGACAAAAAGAGGUCGUUUUCAACCUCUAUUCUAGCUCACUGACCUAGAUUUUUUUUUCGUGUUCAUUAAAUGUCACGUUCCGCAGAUCAAAUGGCAAAUCCUGUGUCCUCGAAUGAAUCUAGAGUGAAAUCGUGGAGCAACUGAAAUUCAUUUUAUAUUUCCACUGAUUCCCAGCCAGCUCCUAUUUCCUUAACCAUCCCUUGGUCCCAUCAAAUUAAACUGAAUCCAGUAACGGCACAGAGCUAUGGCAACAAAAAUACCACUUUUUAAGAGAGACUUCUAAAUGAGUAAAUCUUUAAAAAUGGAAUGAAAAGGCUCGGCUAAUUGUGCCAAAGUACAUAAUUUAUUUAGCUUGGCUUGCUUCUCACUGACCAGUCGUUCUGUGGCCUCAUGCCCCAAACAUUGGAGAGUCUGUCAUUGGACCAGGGAAACCUGCAGAAUAGCCACGGGUGCUCUGUUUUAUUUGUUGUUUUUCUAUUAAAGACGUGAAAAAGUA